AAUAUUCACCUGCAGGCAGACAACCCUGUGCGUCAAAACAAGAAGAUUUAGGAGUAGAAUAAAUUGAAUUACGUUUUAAAACCUAAACAAUGAGCGUCUUGGACAAAGUUGCAGACUACUUCACAGGCGAGGCGUCCAGAAACAGGAACACCUCCAUAAUAGCCGGACUUCUGUUUUUUGCAGGAUGGUGGGUUCUAAUCGAUGCCAUGUCCAUCGACCUGAAGCACCAGAUUACCACAGGACAUGUCUUCAUUGGCAUCUUCGGCACCAUCAGCUUCUGCAUGGUGAACGCAGUGAAGGGGGAACAUGUAAGAAACAGCAACCACUUAUCAUUGGGUUUAACAAGUGACUCACUCCUUUUGUUUUGUGCGCAGAUUUCGGAGGAGAACUCUUCGGAGUCCGGCGCCAGGAUAGCGAAGAUCUGGCUGCUUGUGGGCUUCCUAAUGGGCUUUGCCUCCAUCAUUGCCGCCAUCUGGGUGAUGAUCGACGACUUCAUCAACAAUGAAAAGAAGGAGGGCUGGUUUGGUGUGGCUCUGCUGAUGCAGAACGUUUUCAUCCUGUUCGCCAGUUUGAUCUACAAGUUUGGACGCAAUGAAGAGGAGUGGAAUGAGUAGAGCUUCCAUCCAAAAUAUUGCACACGGGAACGCUGCUUUUAGUAUCUAGACUCAUACGUACAUAUUCAGGAGUCCAAGGAGUUUAUGCUUGAGGCCGAGGACACCAUCACCCGCAAAGCCUCACCCCAGUUUAGCGCAUAAAUUGUACAACUCUGUUUCUGUUCAGAUUCGUAAGAAUCGUUGAAGGCGUAAGGAUUUCCCCUUAUUACUUCCGAUUGUGUCACUUUGAGUCGGAAUAGGGCGCAGAGCAGGGCCAAUAAUCUCAUUUAUAUUUAACAUAAUAAACGACAAGUCACUUGCGUAAGGCCA